CUGCCAAGUUACAUAGUUACCUGAGAUUGUGGCGUCCUCAGCCUACUUAGUGUGUACGUCACAAUUGACCUUUUGAAAGAAUUUUAAAGGAAUUGUAGAGUUUAAUUAAAAAAUAGGCGAAUCUUCCUAAAAACCUAUUCCCGAGAACUUUUUAACGGGUUACAGGAACAUCGUGAAGGAAACUAGUAAAAGUGAUUUUCUAUUGGAGUGUUUAAAUUCUUGUGGAAUUUUUAGGUGUGUGCGAAUAACUGUGGAAAGUCUCUGUGUGGAUUUCUUUCUGUUUUUGCAACAUCGUUGGUAUUACCACCCUAAAAUGAUAUCAAUGUGCACAAAUCCAGUCUAACUUAAUUUCACAAUAUUCUUCAAUCCACAUAUUUUCAAUAUGUCUGAGUCAACUCCAAUCUGUCGGUGUCGAGUUCUUUACCUUGGUUCCAGCGUGCCACAACAAACCAAGGAUGGUUUACAAGGAAUCCAAGAACCUCUACAAGAGCUUUAUCCUGAUCAAGGAGCAACCGGAGCCAAGGGGAUCGAUUCUUGGUUAAGCGUGUGGUCGAACGGAAUUCUAUUAGAAAACGUGGAUGAAAAUCAUAAGAAAAUAACGAGGUUUUUCCCAAUUGAGAGCUUGCAUUAUUGUGCUGCCGUUAGAUAUGUUUUGGUGCCAGAAAAGAAUACUCUUCACAGUCCAAAUCCUCGUUUUUUGCCCUUAGACUCACCUUUCGCUCGCACGCCUAAUCCUACGCAUCCCCCGCUUUUUGCUGCCAUUUUAAGAAGAACGACUGGGAUAAAAGUCCUCGAGUGUCACGCUUUUAUCUGCAAAAGAGAAGUUGCUGCCAACGCUUUAGUAAGAUGCUGUUUUCACGCCUAUGCUGACUCUUCAUACGCCAAACAAGUUGACACAGCUGGAAGCAUUUAUGGCACUCUCGCUUCCGAAAGGUUAUCUAGUAAAGAAAAGAUAGAUGAAUGGAAAAUGAAUAGAUCACAAUCUGGAUCUAUAAUGACAUUAAAUACAAUUGCCAACAACAAUCACAAAGAUGAUAUUAGCAUCUACAAUGGUGAUGAGAAUCACAAAGUUUGGGCAGGCUCCCAGGACAACUUGGAUGGGAUUUAUGACGUUUAUUCUAGUAGUACUAUUUCGAGACCUUCACGCCCUAGACAAAUUUGUCAACCAGUAGCUGUACCGCCCCCUCCUGUGAAGGACAAAAAGAAAAAAAGUAAACAGAAAUCAUUAAGUGGAUCAAAAGAAGAUUUAUAUCACCCUGUCAUGAAUGGUAAAGCGAGUAGUGUAGCAGGGUCAAUGACGAAAGUACGACAAGGAGGUCCGCAAAUGGGAGUACCUCCUCCUCAACCUAUUUAUAUUAUGGCUCCGCAUCCUGGAACACUUCCCAAUCCAAAGUUUUUUAAACAUCACGGUAAUACAUUUUCUCAUCGACCAAGAAGCAAAGUUCUUAUCCCUGCAAGACCGAUACCGCCUCCAUUAGUACCAGUAGCACCCAUAAUUUACCCUACGACAAUUCCCAAGAAUAAGAAGAAACACAAACAUGUAGAGGAACCUAUUUACAUGCCAAGCAAUAGAGCCUUAAGUCCAGUAGCUAGUUAUCAACCAGUUAAUUUUCCUCACGAGGCCUACUUAAUGCAGCACUACGCCACUAUGGAAUCACAAGGAAAGCAGAAAAGUAAAAAUAAAGAGAAAAACAUGGAGAAGGCAAAAAUGAAUAAGAAAUUAGCACAGAGUAUGAAUGGAUUGGAUGACCCUAAUUUAGAUAAUGACGAAAGUCCUUUUAAUACAGGAAUAUAUAAGAAGAAAGGUCAUCUCAACGAAAGGGCAUUUUCUUAUUCUAUUAGGCAGGAGCAUAGAAGUAGAAGUUACGGAAGCUUGGCAAACUUAAAAUUUGCUACCCCUAUUCCCAAUGGACAUGAUGUUGAAGAUAGAGAAGAUAUAAAAAAAGAAAGGGAAAUAAUGCAAAUGGUACACGAUUUGGAUCUUUCCGGGGAGGUGUUGGAAAGAUCUGAAGUUCCACGAGGUAUGUACGAAGCCAGAGCCGUUCCACCCAGUCCUGUGAUUGUGUCUGGUUCGCAAAUGAAUGGUAGAGGUCAUUGGAGAUAAAAACUAGAUAACAAAGGGAUCCUCAUUUUGUAACAUACCGAUUGGAAAACAACUCAACGCUAACGUUCAUGUAUAAUAUUAUAAAAUAUUUUGAUUAAUAAAUAUAAAGCGGAAGCCCCAGUGGAAUAAUUCGAAACAUAUUGAAGCAGAAGGACAAAACAUGGAAUGAAGCGAAAAAAGUGGCAGAAAAGGGGAACGACUGGAAAUAGUACAUACUACUUUAUAAAUAGUACGUAGACAUAAUUUAUAUCCCUACCAAAAGGGGAUUUUUAUAUAUGUAUGUAUAUAAAUAAUCCUGUAAUUUUAAAAUUAGAGGCAUCUAAAUAAUAAGAAAGUCUAACCAGUCUAUAAACCACGGCAAAGUAAGUUUUCUUACCAUUUGUUUGAAUUGAAGCGUAGAACAGAACAUUGUUAUAUUCGUUUCUAAGUAUUAAAGAAUAGCUAUAAUUUAUUAUAUAUUUUAAAUUACACGAAUUCAAGAGACUGCAUAAAGGUGCGUACAUACAUGCAACAAAACUUCAUAUCGUAACACCGUCGCGUAGCAAGUCUGGACCGCAUUUCGUAACAGCGUAACACCGUAACAUAGUAACAUCGUGGCGUCCCAUCAGUUGUCGGUAUUUUGCUGCUGCAUCAAAGGAACGUUGAGCGCCGAUAUUGCACGACUUGUUUGCAAGUUUGGAGGUUUCAUUUAUUCAGUUGACAUAGUUGUUAUUAUGGAGUAGAAUAUACCAUUGAGUAUGGAGUAGGAAGAAUAUAACAUUGCUUCUAAAUAUAGUUACCUACCAAAAUAAAAAAUUUUUGUGGGAUCCAAAACAUCCGAAAUAUUAUAAUAAAAUAAAAAAGCAUAGUGCUUGGGAAGAAUUUGCUGCAGAAUUUCGAACAACAGUAGAUGCGUGUACAAAAAUUAAUGUUUUAAUUCAGAUGGAACACCAGUAUUGUUCUGGUUGUAGGUUACGCGACGAUGUAUUGAUAUGCUAUAUUUUCUGACACGACGUAUUUUUGAUGCAUAACAAAAAAGUGUUGUGCGACGGUGUUACGUUACGAAAUUUUGUUGCAUGUCUGUCCCCACCUUAAGAUUUAACAUAAUUCAUUCACUUGGGUCGUCGUAGUGUUUUGUUAUAUACAUAACCUCAAGGAAGCAUCGAAUAAAAGUCUAUUAUUUUUAUUUAUGUGGUCAUGAUAUUCGAUGACCAAACUUUGAACACAACCAGCGCAAAAGAGGCCAAAGUUUUUGCAGAAGCAACUUAUUAACGCUUGUUUAGUUUUUGUUUCUGGCAUAUAUGCCAACUCAAUUGUUUUAUCUUGAAUCUGGGUUUCUUGGCAGAUGUUUAUUUCUAUUUAAGUAAAAUUAUUGAUAAGAAAAAUAUAAACGUUUAAAGAAAAUUGAUUCUUAGCGCUAAACUACAUUUAGACAAAAAUAUUCAAUAAAUUAAUUAACAGAAAAUAUUACAUUUCUGCAACAACCCGAACCACUGUCUAAACAAGCCCAGUUUUUUUAUUUAGAAUUUAGAGAAAAUGACUUAUGUACAUAAAGUUUUAUAAUACUACACUUAAAAUUAUUUUAUUUUGUAAAAUAUAAUGUAUGUAUUUCGAAUUUGCUCAAGUUAACGAUUUGUAUUAGUUUCAAUAUUUAAAGUUUACUUUAAGGUUUGUAUUGUACUUUAUUAAGUUUUAAACUGCAAAUAGCCACUACAAUAAUGUAAUUAUUUAAUUGAUACGAUUCAAAUUGUACCUAAUUUAAUGUUAAAAACCAUUUUACAAUUUUGCUAUAUAUCAUAAUAUAUAAUAUAAAACAUUAAUACAAUUAUUACAUUUCAUUGAAUUCAAACAGUUUUGUGGAUGAAUAUAUAUUAAUUUAUCGUAUUACCUAUAUUCUAGAAACAUUGUUAGUUUAUAAAUUGUAGGGCUUCUGUGAACUAUUAUAAAAGGUUCAAAAUUAAGGAAUAAAUUAUUUUUUUCUAGAAUAAGCCACUUUGGAAAAAAAUCCUUUAACAGGUGGAUUUUUAUUUUUUGAGUUAUUAUUUUUUGGCAUAAUUAUUCAUACAGGGUGUCCAAAAUAAUUUGUUUUGAAUUCAAUUAUUUGACACAAAAAGAAGAAUGUUAUUGAAGAUGAAUUUAUUUAAUUCAAAAUACAAUUUACUGCUGUCAGAAAACAGAAAAAAAUGUUUAUUUGACAAAUAAACCCACCUAUCUCUUGGUAGUUUAAACAUUUAAUUUAAGCGAAAAGCAAUGUUUAUUUGUCAAAUUUUUUUUUCUGUUUUCAUGUAUUUUGAAUUAAGUAAAUUAAAUACCUACAUUCUUCUUUUGUGUCCAUUAUUAUUAAAAAAUAGUUUUUUUACACCUUAUAUUAAUAAUUAUGAUAAUGUUUAUAUUACUGAAUAGAGAAUUGCAUAAACUUUCAAAUAAGCAGGCACACGAUCCCUAUUCUCAUUUAAAAUAAUCAUCGAUUACGUCAUCGCGCCCAGACGGAUGACAUCACUAUUAUGGCAUAGAUGACAAAAAAUCAUAAUUUACAAAUAAAAAUCGACGUCUCGGGAUUUGUCAUUAAAGUGGCCUAUUCUCGAAAAAAUGAAUUUAUUCCAUAAUUUUGAACCUCUCUGUAUAAAAGCAAGUAGAUGAACUUAUAAAUUAUUAUCAGAAGAGAUGAACCAGAUAAACAAAUUUAAUAACAUUCCUUUUUAAAAAUUAAAAAAUUUAAAAAAUAUUUUAUAUAUAAGUAAAUUAUUUUUUAUUAAAGAAUAUAUUUCCAAAAAAUAUAUUAAGUAAUUAUUGUAACUUUAUUCUUCCAACAUGUAUAUAGACUUUUAAUUGAUUUAUAAGGAUUUAGCAAAAUAUUUUAUUGGGAUUUUAAUUAUAUAGUCAAAUAUAUAUUAUAUAGUAUAUACUAAGUCAGACCGUUUUAACUAUGUCUAUGUAAAAUAUACAGCUAAAAAGGUAUAUUUGUAUAUUAAGAUCGCAUUUAGAAGUAAAUAUUUUUUAUAAAAAAAUGCCACCAAAUUUAGAACCAAUUUUAUACAUUACGUAUGAUAUUAUAUUCUAUACAGUGCAAAUUACGUGAAACUGUAACGUUAGUAUUUUAAAUAACUGUUAACAUGAAGUAAAAACUCCUUUUUGUAAUUGGUAUAAUUUUAAUAAUUCAGAAUUAAAAUUCUAAAAAUCCAAAUGGUUACAUAAGUGUUUAGAACGUUUUCGGACUUCCUCAGUCCAUCCUCUUAAACACUGUUUGGAUCUUGUGUUAUUUAGCAAGUAAAAUAAGUUCACUGAGGAUGGACUGAUAAGUCCGAAAACGUUCUGAACACUUAUGUAAUCCAUUUAGAUUUUUAAAUUUUAUUCUUAAUUAAAAUUACCAAAUACAAAAAGAAGUUUUUACUUCAUGUUGAACAUAGGCCUCCUGUAAUUUCUUCCAGUUUUGUCGAUCUUGGGCUUCCUGCAACCAAUUCCCAGCAAUCCUUUUGACGUCGUCUCUCCAUCGUGUAGGUGGUCUACCUCUACUUCUGUCUGUUCGUGGUCUCCACACUGUAAUUUUUUGGGUCCACCUUCGGUCCUUCAUUCUGGCUACAUGGCCCGCCCAAUUCCACUUCAGCCAUGCUACUCGCUCUAUGAUAUCUGUGACGCCUGUCCCUUCUUAUUUCCUCGUUGUUUCUAACCCUGUCUCUGAGAGUCAGUCCAAGUAGUGACCGUUCCAAUCUUCUUUGGGCCACUCUAAGUUUGAUUGCAGUGAUCUGGGUUAAAGAUAAUGUUUCGGCGCCGUAAGUCAUGACUGGAAGCACACAUUGAUCGAUCGUCUUUUUUUUCAAAUAAUUUGGCAUGUUGCUCUUGAAGGUGUCUGCUAGAGCUCCAUAUCCCAAGGUGAUCCUUCUUUGUAAUUCGGCAGUUAUCCCUGGCUAUUUGUAUUUCAUGCUCUAAGUAUUUAUAUUUAUGGACCAACGCUCUUUUGUUGAAGUUAACUUUUGGAUUUUCGCUUGGUACUAGGUUUGUCAUGUAUUGUGUCUUUCCAAAAUUAAUGUUUAAACCAGCUUUUUUACAGGCAGCAUCUAACUCAGUAAGGAUAGUUCUAAUCUCUUUUUAAGUUGUCUGUUAUAAGAACUAUGUCGUCUGCGAAUCGUAGGUGGGAAAACCUUUCACCGUCGACAUUUAUUCCUUUGGCGUCCCAUUCCAAUUGUUUGAAAGCAUGUUCAAGUACUGCCGUAAAGAGUUUGGGAGAUACCGUGUCUCCCUGUCUAAUUUCGCUUUUCCUUCAUGUUAAAAGUUAUUUAACUCUGUGGUACAUAGCCAACUCCCGUUUUAAUUAGUAUUUUAGUUUUUUCUUAUUCGGUAGUGUUUGUUUUAAUUGGUAUAUGGUAAAAUUUUAAUGUAUUUUAUUUUGAUUGUGACUUUAAGCUUAGAAAUUUUACCACCAAUUAUGGAAAAUAACACAUAAUUUUUAUUUAGCUAGUUAAAUCUUCAACAAAAUAUUUACCGAUAAAUAAAUUAGAUUUUAAGCUACAAUACGUACACUCAGAAAAAUGAAAGAUUACCCAUGAACGAUCACAUCAAUCACAUAUUUUGUAUUUGCUGUCUUUUUUCAUAAAUAGCAAAACGAGAGAGAGGGAUUAUUAUUAAUAAUCUGAAUAAUAUGUGAUUGAUAUGAUCGUUCAUGGGUAAUCUUUCAUUUUUCCGACUGUAUAUUACAUAUACCUACAUAUUAUGCGUUGAUUACCUUUUAGCUGUAUUAUCUUUUUAAGUAUGCACCUACUAACAAGAUAUUUUUUUAUAUUCGAGUGUUAUAUUAAGUGCCAUUAAAUUUACUAAAUAAAUUUUUUUAUUGGUAUAAUUUAAAAUAGGCAUGUUUAAGCUAAUUUUGUACGUUGGCAAUUUUAAUAUUUUGUUUUGUAAUAAGUUAUAUAUGUAAAUAAAAUAUCUAUAGAUAAAUUUGA